AUGGAACUUCUGCAAGAUGCAAACCUGUUUCUUGGUACUUCUGACUCCCUUUUGACAUUCAAACAAACUGACCUGGGACCCAACCUCAGCCACCUCAAGAGCAUCAACCUGCACUUUCACUGCUUCCUGGCCAAGAUCCAUGAGCUGGAAAGUAAUGGACUGGGCAUCUGUUUCAUCAGGACCAGCCGACCGGAGACAGCCGUCAUCUACCCAAGCGAUGAGGAGUUUGAGGUCGGCCGGGCUAAAAUCGUCCUGCAGAAGGAGACGGACAGCGCCCUGGUGAUCGGAGCGGGAAUCACGCUGCACGAGGCCCUGGCCGCAGCCGAUCAGCUGGCGAACGAAGGUAUCAACAUCCGGAUCCUCGACCCGUUCACAAUUAAGCCUCUGGACGCCGCUACCAUCAUUGCCAACGCCAAGGCUGUGGGUGGGCGCAUCAUCACGGUUGAAGAUCAUUAUCGCGAAGGUGGACUUGGAGAGGCAGUGUCGGCUGCUGUCUGCUCCGAGCCGGGGAUCGUGGUCCGCCGCCUGGCCGUCAGCGGCAUCGCCUGGAGCGCCAAGCCCGCCGAGCUGCUGGACGCCUUUGGCAUCAGCGCGGGGGCCAUCGUGACAGCCGUGCGCUCGGCCUUGGCCAACUGAGACUCCUCUCGUCUUGCCUCCCCUGUCCCGUGCCAACGCAGGGGCUGGCGGGGGGGGGGGGGGUUCCCACAAGGGGUGGUGGAGGAGGGGGCUGGUGGUGGGUGUAGGGUGGACCAGACUGUCACAUUCCCCCCACCCCGCCCCACCAGUUGGGCUGACUGACCGUUUGUGUGUGCGUAACCUCCUCUUACUGAAGUAGAUCAGCCUGGGGAGGGGGAGGGUAUUGGUUACGGACCACCCCUCCUGUGAGAACACGCACCGCCCUCUCGAUCAUUCCUGAAACUCCUGAUGACCAGUCUGAACGUAUAACCUCAACUGUGUGUCGCUGGGGCUGGGUUGGCCGCACCCCUCCCCCUUUGUUUGCCCGCGUUGGCAUCCGGUUUUGGGGGGGGGGGGGGGCGGGGGGGCGUCCUGGUUUCGGGCGCCCCUCCAGCCUUGAGGAGGCCAGCCUGCCGAUACCGGGGGACCAACGUCGUGAAUAUCUCAGCCGCAUCUCGAGAAUGGAUCACGUCAAAGCGUCAAUAAAACUAGACAUUCCCUUGA